AUGGACGCCAUCCUCACAACGGUGGGGAAUUUCCUCCCCUACCACCUGCUUUCGUACGGCGCCCUCCUAGGAACAGAGUUGUACCAGAGCUUCGUCAACACAAAAAUCUGCUAUCGUCACCUCCCCGCGCGCGAGUUCCUUGGUCUAAACAAGCGCAUCUUCCCAGUCUACUUUACCUGUCAGAUUGGACUCGCUGCACUCACAGCCGCGACGCGCCCGCCAUACAGUAUUGUCUCCCUCGGGACAGAUCUAUGGAGUGCCGCACCACUAGUUAUCGUGAUAGCGAUGGGAUCAUUGAAUUAUUUUGUCUAUGGGCCUAAGACUACAACAGUCUCGUUCGUUCGGCGGGCUCUACAUGAGAAGGAAAAUCAAGAGGACGAGAAGAUUCAGCGGGUGAAUAAGGAUUUCAAGCGCAACCAUGCUAUGACUAUUCAUCUCAAUGCUAUUGCGCUAGUUGCGACCGUCUGGUAUGGGUUUUCGUUAUCGCAUGCGCUUAUAACUGGGUUCUAG